AUGUCAAAAAUACAAAACAAAACAAAUGAUAUAUUAGACUUACUAAUGAAAAAUGAAAUACAUAAUUUAUAUACGAUAAUUAUUAAUCAAUAUUCCUACGAAACAGAAAUAUUGGGGCAAAUAGUAACUGCCGCUAGAGAAGGUAUGAUACAUCCAAGUCUUAUGACACCGCAAGAACUAGCAUCAACAUUAAAAGCAAUAGAACAAAAUAUAAAGAAAAUAUACAGUAUUCCGAUGGGGACAAGGAGAUAUGAAAUAAAUGAAUUUCAAAAAAUUACAAAAAUAAAAAUCUACUAUUCGAACGACAGAUUAGUAUUCGAUAUAGUAAUACCACUGAUUAUUGACACUGAACUUACAUUAUACAGGUUAACACCAGUAAAAAUGCGUCAUAACCAAGAUAAUUCUAGUGGAUGGUACAUGAUGGACAUUACUUAUAAUAAUAUUGCUGUAACCAAAGGCUAUAAAAGGUUUACUACAUACACAGAUCAACAAUUAAACGAAUGUAAAGAAACAUCAAUAUACAAAAUAUGUAAUACACCACAACCUAUACAGGACAACAAUGAACGCCAACCAUGCGAAGUACAAAACUUUAUAAAAGCUGACACGUAUGCUAAUCCUGAGUUAUGUACAGUAAAGAAAAUAAAUUUAAAAAGAAGCAUAUACCAAAAAUUAAAAAGAAAAAAUACAUGGAUUCACGCAGGAAAAGAGACUUUAACUGUAAGUUGCGCGAACUUAAUAGACCCAUUUAUAAUACAAACAAAUGAAGCAGGAGAAAUAGCUAUAAACGACAUUAGUUGUCAAGUAUUUGCACGGGACGCAGUAUUAACUGCCACGGAAGAAAUCCAAAUUACAAAAUAUAAAGACUUUACACCUGUAACUAACAUGAGUAAUAUUUUAGAAAAAAUACCUGAACAUAUACACAAAUUCGAAACAGAUGAAAAAUGGGAAAAGGGACUAGCUAUGCAAUUCACAGAUUUACACGAUGCAUCCAAAUCUUUAGACGAAGUACAACAAAUGAUUAACCAAGAACUUUCAAGAGAACAAAAUCAAAAGCAUCAAUUUGUACACAGUAAUUUACUAUAUGUAACAAUAGUACUGGCAGUAAUAUCUAUUAUACUAAUAAUAGCAAUUUACAUAAUGAUAAAAUGCAAGUAUAUCAGGUCCACAGAAGUCAUGGAAUUUCCCGGCAGAAUAGUUAGAUAUAGGGCACCCAAUAGAAAUGACUAUGUACGAAAUUAUGAAGAGACACCCUUUACUCCACCCCCUUCACCAAGAUAA